AUGUCUCCGAAAGGGUAUCAAAAGACCCCCCCUCAGUUCUGGCAUCAACAAAAUCCACCGACUCCUCAGCAACCUCGUCUUACCUCCAUCCCACUGACCACUGAGUACCUUGAGACCCUUGGCAAGCUCGUGGUCCCGGAGGAGGAGAUGCCCCAGCAUGGGUACCAUCUUCGACAGUUCGAUGAUUACGAGCUGUUGGAAAAGCGCCGAUGCAUGAACUGUCGCCGGCCACAGCGCCACAUGUACGACAGCCUCGAGGACGAUUUUUAUGACCUUGUCAAUGAGAUGCGCGGCAAGAGAAAGCUCUCGAGCUGCGACGAGCACCCUGGAAAGUUGAAGGGCAAUUCUUGGGGCUGCUGCAAGAGGUCAGCACCCAGUAGCGGCUGCAGGACGCGGGACGGACACGAGAGCGACGUCCACAUCCCUUAUCUCCGACCUUUGUGGACGCUCUACCCGACCCCCGAGGCCAAGUCCUCCCUCAAACGCAAGGCCAUCGCUCUCGACUGCGAGAUGGGCAUUUCCAUGACCGGUGAUCACGAAUUGAUCCGCUUGAGCGCCAUCGACUUCUUCACGGGCGAAAUCCUCGUGGAUUCUUUGGUCUGGCCCAAGGUGCCCUUGCUGCACCCCAACACCAGCUGGUCUGGCAUCACCUGGGGUAUGCUGCGCGGUGCUCGCAAUAAGGGCAACUGCAUCAACGGACGUCACAAAGCCCUCGAAAAACUGUGGCAGUAUGCCAGCCCUGAGACCAUUGUGGUCGCGCACGGGGGCAGCUCCGACAUGCUGGCUCUGCGGUGGAUGCAUCGUCGUGUCCUGGACACGUGCCGGGUUGAGAAACUGCGUCCGGACGGUCAUGUCCGGCCGCGCCUCAGGAACCUGGCAGAGGCGCGUCUCAACCGUAAGAUCCAGCAGGGUCAGGGCCAUGACAGUUUGGAGGAUGCGACGGCCUGUCGGGACCUGGCGCACUGGUACGUGGUCAACUACGACUACGUGUCGGAGCCUGAGCCGGUCCCUGCCCCGGUACCGGUGCCGAAGCCCGCGGGUGUUGAGUGGCCUCCAUCGGAGUGGAUUGUGGAGAAGCCCACGGAGGUGCGGUCUGUUGAGGUGUGGCCUGUAGAGGAGAAGCCAGCGGAGGAGUGGUCUGCGCCUGAAUGGCGUGUGUCCAAGUGGCCUGAGUCUGAAUGGUCUGCGCCUGGGUGGCCUGUGGAUUGGUGUGGGUAUCGGCAGCCUGUGACGGAUGCAUGGUGA